UUCUAUUCCAGCCCAUGUGACUGGCUGAGCUUUCCAGUUCCUCCUAAUUAUUCAUUGCAUCUUUUUCUGAGUCCUAUACAGGUUGCAAAGGUACCACAGCUGGUCAGAAUUGGGGAUUGUGAAGAUGGCGACACAUUCCUUCUUUGGGAUCAUUUUUUGUACAUUAUUUGUGUCCCAGAUCUUUGGAUAUCCAUACAACGAUAUUUCAAUAGCUUGUGACUCCAUGUUACCAGAUCAUGGAAGUUCCCCACAGACCUCAAGCCCACCUUAUGUCAUCUCCGUCGCUUUUGAGAGAUAUGACCCUGGAAAUGAAAUACAAGUGGUAUUAGAAGGAACGUCAUCAUCUGGAUUUAUAGCAUUUAUGAUACAAGCCCGAGAAAUUGAUGGAAAUGUUCCUGUUGGCACCUUUCGUAUUGUAGAUCCAAACACACAAGGUCUCCCAUGUGCCGAUAGAACGAAUUCUGCAGUAAGUCACAACAACCCCAUUAGAAAGCACAGGAUUAAAACAUUUUGGGUUGCUCCACAGGGCACUAAAAGAAUAAGGAUUAUGGGAACCUUUGUUCAGGAUUACGGUAACUACUGGGUUGGUAUUCAUAGCAAAACUCUUUCGCCCAGAGAUGUAGACACUAAUGAGUUUAUGGCAACCAAUCGCUCGAUGCUAACCAAUGAUUCCAUAGCAUCCAUAGUUUCUGAGAUCCUAGCUGGUUCUGACACGUUCAGUGACAAUGAUGAAGAUAUUGAUCUCAAUGUCCUUAUUGCCGAUUCUGAAGAGGAAUAUGUAUCCAAUGCAACUGUUGGUUCCCAAAAUCUUGACAGAAGAAAUACAGCAAGAAAAAGUAGGAGAAAGGGAAAAAUAUCCCAAUCAAAUACUGGAGCAUGUGUCAAAAAUCCACAAGAAUCAUCUCAGACCGAUGACAGCCAAUCAAAGGUUCUAGUCGUUAAACAAGGAAACAGCAAAGGCAGUGGGUGUAUUGGGGAUGGAGUUCCAAGUGUAUACAAUAAAUACGGUUGCAGAGAUAGGGAAGCUGACAGUAGUGAUCAACCAUCACAUGGCCAGAUGGAAAUUUGAAACAUAUCUGAAGCUGAAGAAAUUAUGCAAGUCAAGCCAUAAGAACAAUUUGUACGUAGCGGAAAGACUGAAAUAUCUUGCCAAAAACUACUUUCUUUUAUAUUGUUCUCUUGACAUAUUGUGCUAUUGAAUAAAAAUGUUAAUGUUGCAAUCCAAAACACUUACGGAAAACAAUCAAAAUAAUAUUCAUCUUACAAUGUUCUGAACUUUUCCCCUCAUAAACCCUCCAUGCUCUGAUAAAUUAAGCCCACUGUUUGACACCUGCUUUCUCAGUUUUUCUGACAUCAUAUUUACUCCACUGAACAUAGCAUACUUCCUGCUAAUUUGAGAGCUAAAUUGUGGUCAUAAUUUCAGUUACACUGAAAAAUGAGGCGCAGAUGCUUUAUAACUUGUUUAUAAAUAAUCUUGGUAUAGCGGAAGCAGUAGCUGAUCACUUUUAUAGAGGUAGUCCUCAAUUUAUGGCCACAAUGGACCUGGAAUUUUGAUGGUAAGGCCGGACAAUUGUAAGUCAAGGCACCACGUCACCAAGUUUGAUUUUAUCACUGCUUUUACAACAGUUGAAAAGCAAAUCGUUGUGGUCACUAAGUGAAUUGCAUGGUUGUUAAACAAAUCAUAUGAUUGUUAUGUGAAUUCAGCAAAACCAAUGGGUGUUUUUGGCUGGAAACUGGAAAAAAAAACACACAUCACAAAUUAUAUUCACCUAAUGCUGCAACCAGUUGUAAAUGAGAGGAUGAGUCAUAAGUAGCUUUUUAAAAUUCCAUUUUAACUUCAAAUGGUGGUUAAGCAACCAGUCAUAAUUCAAAGACUAUUAAAGAUGAGGUCAAACAGUACAGGUUGGUCUAAACUAAAAAUAAUAAAACAUUUUCAAUGUUUCAAAUUUUACUUGGUCUUGUGUCAUAAACCUAAGAAUCUAGCUGAUAGAGACAUUUUAGACCUAUACAGACAUUUUUAGUUAAAACUGAUCUUCCACAAUUAGAUUCCUUAAAAGAGCAAUUACUAGUCAUUCCUUUGGCUACAGAGAAGAUUAAAAAAACCAAUUUUGAAUACAAAUAAUGGUAAUUAGAUGGGUUUCCUAUGGAAUGGUAUAAAAUUUGCUCCUCUGCUUUGUCAGCUAUAUAACAUUUUUGAGAAAAGUAUUUUAUCUUCAUUUAUGAAGCAUAUAUCACAGUUUUAUCUAGAAGUUGUGACUUAUUGUCCUAUUUUCUUGAUUAUUGUAGAUAUUCAAAUUUUUAACUGCUAUUAUAGUCAAUAGCUUUCUAGUGUUUUCUUCUUCAGACAAGAAUGAUCCAGCUGGUUUGUCAAAACUAAAUAUAGUACAAUUAAUAUUUGGCUGACAGUGGAUUUAAUUGAACUGACAGAAAGCUCAAAGCUGCAAUUAUAAUUCUAUAAUUUUCAACUUAAUAUUUUUUUAGUUUUUUUUAAAUUACUUAUUUCUAUCCCAUCUCCUUAUGCUGGUCUAUGACCAUAAUAAAGAUUUGGUUGAUUGAUAAAUUGAAGUGGAAAUUUUUUUUGAUAAAAUUUAACUAUGGUAAAUGUGUGUUACCUUAAUUUGGAUUCCAGAAGAAUUUAUAAAAUGGGUCCAGAUUCUGUAUGGAGUGCCAAAUUUAAAGUGAGAGCUUCAUGCAACUUAUUAUUGUGUAAUGUCAGGGAUGUUUACUUUGUUCUUUGAUUUUUGCUAUUUGUUUAAAACUCUUAGCUUGUACUAUUAAACAAGAUAAAAAUA